AUGAUCGGAGUCAUCCUCGGCACCUUCAUCCCCGCGCUCUGUAACUGGGCGAACCAGCUGGCCUCUGUGAUGGUCGCGCCAAAGAACUCGCGCUGCAUCCAGGCGGCAGCGGAGCCUGGCCCGAAGCCAACGAUCUCGAGUAGGCGAGCGAGCAGCCAUUCUUCUGGGAUGAUGACGACAAUAUCCAAAACCGCGCUGCCUAUAUGCGCCAUCACUUCCCUCGUUUGCGCCUCGUCUGCUCCCAGGACGACCAGGACGCCCACGAUUGCAUCCGUCGCGUUCCCGACCAUUGCCUUCACGGCGUGCAGGCGAGCCUCGUGCGUCGGCGCGUCUUCAGGCGGCGUCGCGAGCUCUGCCAUCGCCGUCUCGAAGAUCGAAUGCAUGGCCAGUCCCACGGCUUGGGAGGCCACCUCCAGCACGUUUGGGGACGCAUCGUCGUUGUCCAAAGCCUCGUCUCCCGCCGUUUGA